AUGAAACACUCGGCGAGAACGUCUGUCUCUUCUCAUGAUCAAAGUGAGUUUUUGAGAGGACCGAGGGAAUCAUCGACUGAUGAUAUCGAGAUUCAUUUGGGUAAUAAUGUUGAUUCGAAAAGAUUUCCAUACGAAAUCACUAAAGAUACAAGCUCAUCUACUCAAUCGAACCUUAUAGUGGAGGGCACUCAGUCUCGUCAGGAUAUAAAUAGCUUCGAUCACGAAACUGAUGAUGAAAAUGAGAAUGAUCGUAUUGUGAUAAAACCUGUUAAUGAUGAAGAUGACACUUCUGUAAUCAUAACGUUCAACCAGGGCAUUUCUGCUUUUAUUAUCACCUUAACUUUUGUUGCAUCCAUUUCGGGGUUCAUGUUUGGUUAUGAUACUGGUUAUAUUUCCAGUGCCCUGGUUUCUAUUGGAACAGACUUAGAUAAUAAGGUGUUGUCAUAUGGUGAUAAAGAAAUCAUUACUGCUGCAACAUCCCUGGGUGCGCUGAUUACCAGUACAAUGGCGGGUACGGCUGCUGAUAUAUUUGGGAGAAGACCAUGUCUAAUGUUUUCAAAUGUUAUGUUUGUGAUAGGGGCAAUUCUUCAGAUUACUGCACAUAAGUUUUGGCAAAUGGCUGUUGGUAGAUUAAUAAUGGGGUUUGGAGUUGGAAUUGGUUCGUUAAUUUCUCCCCUUUUUAUCAGUGAGAUUGCGCCUAAAAUGAUAAGAGGUAGGCUAACUGUGAUUAAUUCAUUGUGGUUAACAGGAGGUCAAUUAAUUGCAUAUGGUUGCGGUGCAGGUCUGAAUCAUGUGAACAAUGGAUGGAGAAUUUUAGUUGGAUUAUCUUUAAUUCCUACUGUACUGCAGUUUUCUUUUUUCUUGUUCCUUCCAGAUACUCCAAGGUACUAUGUUAUGAAGGGACGUUACGAUGAUGCCAAGAGCGUCCUGCAUAGAAGUUAUAAGGGUGCUUCUGACGAUAUCAUUGAACGUAAAGUCGAGGAACUGCGGGAAUUAAAUCAUUCCAUAGAAGGAAAAAACAUUCCCCAGAGGUUUUGGAAUACUGUUAAAGAGUUGCAUCGCGUACCUUCAAAUUUCAGAGCACUUAUCAUUGCUUGUGGAUUACAAGCAAUCCAACAAUUCACUGGUUGGAAUUCUUUGAUGUAUUUUUCAGGUACUAUUUUUGAGACGGUAGGAUUUUCUAACUCAUCAGCAGUCUCGAUUAUUGUCUCCGGUACAAAUUUUAUUUUCACUCUGGUUGCGUUUUUUGCCAUCGAUAAGAUUGGACGUAGGUAUAUCCUUCUCAUUGGAUUGCCAGGAAUGACAGGUUCAUUGACGGUCUGUGCUAUUGCAUUCCAUUUUAUAGGUAUCAGGUUCGAAGGAAAUGAUGCGGUGGUCUCCCAUAGCGGAUUUACAGCGUGGGGUAUAGUCAUUAUUGUUUUUAUUAUUGUAUUUGCUGCAUUUUAUGCCCUAGGUAUCGGUACUGUCCCAUGGCAGCAAUCCGAGCUAUUCCCACAAAACGUCCGGGGGGUUGGAACAUCAUAUGCAACAGCUACAAACUGGGCUGGUUCCCUUGUUAUUGCAUCCACAUUUUUGACAAUGUUGCAGAACAUUACGCCGACGGGCACAUUUGCUUUUUUUGCAGGUCUUUCCUUUGUAUCAACCAUUUUUUGUUACUUUUGCUAUCCAGAACUAUCUGGAUUGGAAUUGGAGGAGGUUCAGACAAUAUUAAAAGACGGAUUCAAUAUCAAGGCUUCUCAGACUUUGGCAAAGAAGAGAAAACAACAAGUCUCUAGGGUGACCAAGCUAAAAAAUGAACCCACUCAAGAAAUAAUAGAAGCUUAG